AUGGCUCCCCUGAAUUUUGCAAAUUAUCCCAAGCCCGAGGAAGGGCCAGAUACGGGAUAUGUGCAGCGAGUAGACCACAAUCCCGUUCUGCGAGGGAUUCCUCUCAUGCUAGGUGGUGAGCUCAUUGCUCGAUCCAAUUUAAUUGCAGGAUACUUUUACCGUAACAGCGGCAUCGACAAGAUCAAAGAGAUGCAUGUGCUGGAUAACAUCGAGUCUACUUUCCACCCCACUGUUACGCCCCUAGGUCCGACAGGGCCAAUGCUAGACUUCGAGCCAGAGCUGCUCACCUCCAAGUACGCAUCGUCAAACGCACGCUACUACUCCAUCAGCGACUAUCAUCAGCUGUACAAGAGCGGCAAGACCACUCCCCUCAAAGUAGUAGAGACACUUCUCGCCCUGACCACGGGAUCGGGUAAGUAUAGUGACGCCUGGGCAGAUGCCCACGGCGCCGAGAAGCUCGCUCUGGAGGCUGCCAAGGCUUCCACCGAGAGAUGGGCUGCGGGCAAUCCGAUCGGAGUCCUGGACGGCGUGCCGAUUGGCGUCAAGGACGAUACGGAUGUGGAGGGCUACAUCAAUCACACUGGCAUGAAGUAUAACCCUUCGCUUGCGUGCUUUGCGGUCAAGAAGGAGUCUGUGUGGCCCGUCAAGAAGCUUCAGGAGGCUGGAGCUGUUGUUCUUGGCAAGAAUAAGAUGCAUGAAUUGGGAUCAGAUACAAGCGGCUUAAAUGUCUCACAAGGCACGCCCCUGAAUCAUCUCAACAACGCCUACUACCCCGGCGGCUCCUCCAACGGCGCCGGGUCGUCCAUCUCGGCCGGCAUCGUCCCCAUCGCCGUCGCCACAGACGCCGGCGGCAGCGUCCGCAUCCCCGCCCACUUCAACGGCGUCUACGGCCUCAAGCCGACUCACCACCGCACCCACGUCAUGCAAAUGACCAUGUGCGUGACCGGCCCAAUGGCAGCAAACGUCGCCGACCUCACCAUCGCCUACCGCGUCAUGACGCAGCCCAACCCAGACUGCCCGACCCAGGGCCUCUUUGCGCUGUCGAUCCCCCCGUCGCCGUCGGCGAAGCGCAUCAUGGGCGUCUACCGCGACUGGUUCAACAAGGCCGACCCGCCCGUGCGCGAGCUGUGCGACAAGGCACUCGACCACUUCGCCGCCAAGCGCGGCUACGAGAUUGUCGACAUCAGCAUCCCGUACCUCUCAGAGAUGCAAGUCGCCCACGGCGGCCUCUGCAUCGCCGAGAUGGCGGAAAAGGCCCGCCAGAGGACGCCCAACCCGGCUGACCACCUCUCGCUCAUUGGGGGAGCCAACAAGAUCCUCCUUGCCGUGGGCGCGCAGCCAUCGGCCGCUGACUAUGUCAAGAUGAACAGCCUGCGCACACUGGUGAUGCGCCACUUGGCGUUUCUGUUCCAGAAGUACCCGGGCCUGUUGAUUAUGACGCCGGCAACCCCCUUAAUCGGAUGGCCACGCGCGGACGGAGAUGACGCCUACGGUAUGAGUGACACCAAUACUACCUUGAGGAACAUGUCGUACAUCUUUUUGGCCAACGUAACGGGCACGCCGUCCGUCAACGCCCCGGUAGGUUAUGUCGACCCUCAGCAGGGCGAGGGAAAACUGCCUGUGAGCUUGAUCGCCACGGGUGAGUGGGGAAGUGAAGAGCAGUUGCUGGCAUGGGCGAGGGAGGCCGAGGAAUAUCUGCAUGAAGAGUACCCCAACGGGCGCAGACGGCCAGAUGCUUGGGUAGAUGUGUUUACGUUGGCUGGGGGCCAGUAG